GCGGGGCUGGUGGCGUAGCCAGGCGCCAUCCUUCCUGUCGUACUCUUCCUUGUAGGUGUCCUGCUCCGCGCUGGCCCCGCGGCCAUUUUGGGCUUCGCUGCCACCCGCGCCCGCCUACCCAGCCCUUCCGGGGUUGCGUUGCCCAGGGGCUUUUUAACGGCCCGUCCCCUCUGGCCAGUCGCAGCAGUCGCCGCGGGAGGGCUCUGUCUACGGUGGAGGGGCCUCGAGCGAACUAGAACACCUUCGUCCCGCCAGAAUGAAUGUCGUCUCCUCUGCGUCCUGCGCCUGCUGUUCCGGCCUGUGGUCCAACGCCCGCGGCCGAAGCCGCUUCCCCUUGUGGCUCUUCUCCUGCCCCGGGGAUCGGCCCGGGACCCCGACUCCGCCGCGCGGCAAGGCCAAGACUGCGUAGACGUCUCCGGAUAACGCCCGACCUGCAGCCCUCAGAGACUGCCCAGACCAAGGACAUGGAGCCGGCAGCAGACGGAUCGCGGCCGCGGCCGGGCUUCCGGUUCUGGCUGCUCUCCUUCUUUCCCCGGCGCUCGCAACCCAGCCCUUCCAAGUUGCCCACACCUUCUGCCCCGGAACACUCCGGGGACUCCAGACUGGCUGCUGCCCCCGAGCCCCAGGCUCGGACCGGCUACUGGAUGAAGCUGCUUUCCCAGCUCUUCGCGCCACUCCCCGGCUUGCUUCAGAAGCUGCUGAUCUGGAGCCAGCUUUUCGGCGGGAUGAUUCCGACCAGAUGGCUAGAUUUUGCUGGAGGCUACAGCGCGCUCCGAGCCCUGAAGGCUCGGGAGGACCCGGGCGGCCCCCCGGCGCAGAAAUCUUUAAGGUCGCUGCGGCUCGACCCCUCGGACGACGCUGCCGCCAGUCCCCUCGAUUGGCUAGAGGAGGGCAUCCUCUGGCAGUGCUCGUCUUCAGAUCUAGAAUUGGGACUCAAAGCCCAGGCUGGAGUUCUGCACCCUGGCGCGCACGCUUUUCUGUUAGAGCCGCAGCUGUGGGGGGCAGUGGAGCUGUUGCCGAGUGGCUUCCAAGGCCAUCUGUGCUCUAACCGGGAACUUGGCUCUCCGCCCGCCGGCCCUCUAAACCGGCGUUUCAGCAGUUUCAGCGUCGUCUCCUAUUUGUUGAAGCCCGCCUAUCUGGGCUGCCUGCCCCGGGUGGGGCUCGGCUAUCAGAACGGCGUGGGAAGUGGCGAGCCUGUUGAUUUCCAGACCUUCAGCGCAGAGGGCAGCUGUCGCACUGAAGACCGUGAUCCUCCCUACCCGCCAAAGGCGGAGAUCGCUUGCCCCUCCCGGCAGGGAUGUCCGCCUCUUUCUAAAGAGGGCCUGCCAGAAAUCCACCAUCUUCGCACGAAACGGCUGGAGUUCCUUCAGCAGGCCACCAAGGGGCAAGCGUUACCCACCCCAGACCAAGAUCAUGGCUACCACAGCCUGGAGGAGGAACAGAACUUGCUCCGGAUGGAUCUGAAAUCCGGCGGAGAUAGUCCCACGCAGUGUGUUCCCUCUGUUGGAUCCCUUCCCGGAACCGCCCAGGAACCCACCGAGGGAAGAAUCGCAUCGUUGACUACAGAGGUUCCAGUCUCUUUGGAAAAGCCGGGCCCCUUGGAAGGAAGGCUGUCUGGUGAGAUACCAGUGGAGAAAGAGCCUGGAGAGGACCAAAGAAGUGUUGGGGACUCCUCAGACCUAGAAAAUGACCUUCCCAUUUCCACCAGGCCAGCUUGUAGUAACAGACUGAUAGAUUUCAUUUUGGGGGGAACAUCCAGUGACCUAGAAGUGAGUUCUGACUCCGGAGGUGAGGAUUGGGAUGAGGAAGCUGAGGAUGAUGGUUUCGAUAGUGACCGCUCACUCUCAGAAUCAGACCUUGAACAGGACUCUGAAGGGCUCCACCUUUGGAACUCUUUCUAUAGUGUAGAUCCUUAUAAUCCCCAGAACUUUAGGGCAACAAUUCAGACUGCUGCCAGAAUUGUUCCCGGAGACCCUCCUCACUCAGAGGAGGAUUCGACUGACAAGUCUGAUGUGGAGAAUUCUCCCCAGACUGGAAGCCUUCCCGAGUCUCCUGACCAUAAUUCUGGGGAGGAAGAGGACUGGGAAUCUAGUGGAGAUGAAGCAGAGAGUCUCAGGCUGUGGAACUCUUUUUGUCAUUCCGAUGACCCCUACAACCUUCUAAAUUUUAAGGCUCCUUUUCAAACAUCAGGGAAAACUUGGAAAGGCUGUCGUGACUCAGAGAGGCCGUCUGAGCCUACUGUGGCCAUUUCUGGUUGUCACACCGUAUUAUCUUGUGAGGUGCAGCUGUUAGGCAGCCGAGAGAGGGAAGGUCCAGACUUGGUACCGGGUGGGGUUCUUUCUGGAGAAAGACACACGCGUAUCAAGAGAAAAAAGGUAACCUUCCUUGAAGAAGUUACUGAGUAUUAUAUAAGCGAUGAUGAGGACCGCAAAGGACCAUGGGAAGAAUUUGCUCGGGAUGGAUUCAGGUUCCAGAAACGAAUUAAAGAAACAGAAAAUGCUAUUGGAUAUUGCUUGACGUUUGAGCACAGAGAAAGAAUGUUUAAUAGACUCCAGGAAAGAUGCUUCAAACAACUUAAUGCUUUCAAGCAAUGAUAAGAUGAUUUGGUGGCCUCUAACUCACGCAUACACUACCUCUUACUUGAGAGGUUUCUUUUAAAAACAAAAAAUUGGCAGCUGUCCUUUUUUGUAGAGGAUAUGCAACUUGGAUAUAGUGACCUAGUUUAAUGUGUUGUUUUUUUUGUUUGUUUGUUUGUUUUUGUAACCGAUCUCACUCAGAGAUGGGCCAGGUUUGAAGGCAAGCCCUGGUAAUGAUGAGAUGGUGGGAUUCCUAAUCCUCCCUUUUUUGAUUCAGUUGGAUGUAUUUUUCAAUGUCAUGUGCUUGAUGAGGUGUAAAAGACCUCUUAAGGUGAAAUUUUACAUUUUCAAAACCCUUUUCCUUGGGAAACAAUAUUUAUAGGGUUCAAAGCCCAUUUUCCAUUCUAAUUUAAAUUCUGUGUACCUGUCUGAAAACUUUGGGCUCUUCCCACCCAACAUUCUAAAGUUAAUGGGCGUUUAUGUUUUCUCUCUAUAUUUUUUUAUUUCAGUGAUGUGAUCCUUCUAGCUUUAACGCUAAGAAAAUAAUCUUGUAUAUGCUAUGGACUUAAAUUAUCUUGUGUCAACUUUGUCCCUUCUAAAAAUGACUUUGGGUGAACAUGUGUGGUGGGUUUUUAUUUCUAGGUUAAAUUCUACCUGAGAUCUUUCUGAGGACCACCACAAAACUUAGGUGUGCAGUACUUUCUGCUACCUUGGGAAAGCUGCAUCUUUUUCUGCCAAAUUUUAAUGUGUCACAAGUUUAGCUUCUGUGCAGACUGUUUCUUGGAGAGGGCUCUGUGUAUGUUAUUGUCAUUCCAGUUCAAUGGCUCUUUGUAUAUUUCAACAGGCAGAAUUUGUAAAAAACUCCAGAGAGUAAUAUUUGCAUCAUAGACAUUUACUUUUUAAAUUUAAAGGCCGAGAAUUUUCCUAGGAAGAAACUAGGAGACUCUCAGAGCGAUUUGGUUUUGUUGUAUAUGCUGUCAACAGAAAACCAGUGUUAUUCAUCUCAUGCUUCAGCACUGUCACUUUUAAAACCUGUCAGGGUGACACUAUAAACUUGGAAAAGGGCACUUCUGAAUUUUCCAGUUUGCAAUGUAAAAUACAGACUUCAUCAAUCUCCAAGUUUAUUGUGUUGUACUGGUAGAGAAGUAAUGACAAGGCCUAGACUUUCAGGAAAGGAUGGUACUAUAGACUUACGGUACUUAUAGACUUAACAAGAAAAAGUCCCAUUUUUAGCCCAGAGGUUUUUUUUGAAUUGAAGUUUUUGCAGUGGCUGGUUGUCCAUGGUUUCUUUAGUUAGCUCGACUUGGUGUGCUUCUGCUAGGCUGAGGUGUAAAUGCUUAUCAGCUCCUUCCUGGUCUCUUGCCACCCCCCGUGCUUGUUGCAGGCAAUGGAAAGCCUGAGUAGAACAGGUGACCUUUGUUUGAACUUGUUUCAUCGUGGGAACAAAUUUUUUGUUAGAAGUGCUUGCAGAGUUACUACCUUAGUUUACAGUCUACCUGGUCAUUAUUUUAUUCCUAUCUGGUUUGCUCUAAGAACCGCCUCCAAUAAUAAUACAUAUAUUUGUACUUAAACACGCCAGGAGUACAACAGCUUGAAAGCGGGUCAGAUUGUGCAGAGCCGGUGUACGGCGUGUGUGGUGCACCUCCAACUUUCGGGAAUCCUAGGGAAUGCUUUGGCAGAGUUCUGUUGUAAACUAGGGAGACAGGCUGGUUUUAAGCACCAACUGUGCCCGUUGGAAAGAAGGGAUCAUUUGCCUUGAAGAAAGCUUUCUGAAAAUGGUACGGGCAUUCUUUUGAAACCAGACUGAAGUACACUGUUUUGGUUCAUGGCUGAGUCUGAAAUCCAGCACCUCUGCGUAUUUGAAAAUAAUGGGAUAGCUUGGCAUGUACUGGAUUUUGGAAACUUGUUCCCUUGGGAUCCACCCUCACUACCAAAUGAGUAAAAGCUUGGUGAAGAAUUCUCCCAUUUACUACCCUCCUUUAAAGGAAGUGAUCAGACAGUGACUGAAAGGACAGAAGGGGCUGUUUUUAAGUUGGACUGAAGGAGAAUAAAUUCUUGUCAUUUCAUCCCAAUCCUAGUUGUUAGAACAAAGUUAAACUUGAAGCUGUAAUUGAACAUUGUAUACAUUUAAAGUCUUAAACAAUGGUGCUUUAAGUAUCAGUGUAGCAUGUGAAAGGCUCUGUACAGACACAUAAAAUUUCCUUCUCUGAGUGUUGCAAUGUGGUAACCGCACCUCUCCAUCUUCAACUUGAAAUCAAACUCUCAGAUUUUAUUUUUGUAUAAUUUAAGGAAGGUGAAUUUAGGGGACUAGAAGACUAAAUUGGCUUCUACAGAUCCAGUGACUUAAAUGUAACCAGUUUGUUGGGAUUUUAUAGCUAAAAUUAUAUUUGUGUAUAUAACUUUAACUAAUCUGUAAAUUGUAAUAAAUAUAUUUGCAAUUAUUAAAUGUUACCUGAUAUUUUGGUUCAAGUUUA